GCCGUUAUCAUACUUUCUAACGGCUAUGAAAACAUUAUAUCUGAACUAUCCUGCCAGAUAUGCUAGAACAAUUGCCGCAAGAAGUCUUGAUACUCAUUUGCGAGUAUCUUGAACGAGAAAAUGCAACCAGCAUACUUGAUCUGGCGUGUGUCAGCAAGCAUCUCUAUUCCUACCUCGUGCCUCGUUUGCUUCGAACCUUAAAAUUCUCAAUAAACGAGUUCUCAAAACUGGCUGAAGAUGUUCAGCAGUACUGCCGGAUUCUGCAACGGGUGGACGGCUACAAACAUGUUCAUCGUCUGAUUAUCAAAAAUGACAUCAAAAUGCCUACAAUAAACGACAGGGCCCUUGUUCCGGAACAGUCCCAAAAGCGGCGGCCAUGGCAUCGCCCUAGAAUGUCUGCUGUCGAAUUCAGCGGUCAUUUUGAUGACAUUCUAGAGAAUUGCAUGAGAGAUUUGUACCAUCUUGAAACCGACGCACUACCCCUCGAAGCGGUUUACGAUAUGAAUAAUUCUUGGAAGCCGCUAGCUGAACUCAUUAAACAAAUCAGCUCUCUGGAGUGUCUCUUCUACGACGGUCUUAGUCAACUCCCACCUUGUCUCCUAGAAUGCCUUCAUCAAUACCAACCUCAAUGUCGACUUUUAACUGCGCAUGGCACAGACGAUUACGAAUUCUCACUUGCCAGCUCGCCAUGUCUCUAUGGUUUGACGGUUCAACGGGUGAGACAAAGGGGAUUAUUCCGUCGUCGCGGUUAUGAGGAUGAAGCCCUUGAAUGUAUGGUAGCUGGCUUAGCAACCAAUUUGAAAAGAUUGCACAUAGUGCGUACACGAGGUGCAGCCGGACCAAAUGACCCUGGACCUCGCAGACCAUGGGCUGGUUUUUCACAACAGACUGCUACCGACUCACGUGGUGCUUUGGAAUGUUUUUGGCCAUUGUAUUGGCCGUGGUUGGAGAAAGAUACCCUGGAAAAGUGGGAAAAGAUCACAAGUUUCUCUGCAUUGAAAGGACUAAAAAUGGAUGGCAAUUGCUUCGAGAUGACUUCCCCACAGCACCUUUUAGCAAGAUGCUUUUUUCCCUCACUCACUCGCCUGGAAAUCGAUCUGGGACCAUUUAACAAUAACACUCGCUAUCAGCCGUUCCGAGUGGCUGCCAUCAAUGCAUUUAUGCUCAAUUUGCCUUCCCUAUCGGAUCUGAAAUUGACCGGAUGGCACCCUCGCAUCCUGAUUGAUUCGAUAAUUGCAAAUCAUGGAUCAAGACUCCGAUAUCUUUCUUUAUUAUCGCAACGCGGACAUACGCUCUCUCUAGAAGAUCUUCAUCUAAUGGCCGAGACUUGCUUAUCCUUGGAGAGACUGACUAUUGAAGUCAAGCGUUCAAGAGGAAGCUACGAUGAGUUCAGGAGAUAUCAAGUUUUAGGAUUAUUGCCAAGAUUACAGUAUUUAGAUCUGAAAUUAGACGCUUCCGCCUACUCUUUAUGGAACCAGGGACGACCAAAUGAUGGAGAUGGUGAAGCUGAAAUCCGAAACUCAAGAGACUUAAGAGCUGAAGCGCGGAGUGAUCUUACCUUCAACGAGUUCGAUGACCAGUAUAGCCCCAUCCACAUCUCACCGUACCACUAUGUUCGAAAUGGCCACAUUAGAGACGCUCUCAUCAACGGUGCAUUGGAUCGUAACCUCGCAUAUGAUAUAUACCAGGCCAUUUGCAGUACGAGACAGUCAGGAGAAGGCAAUGGUUUUCUGCCACUUGUUUCAAUGUCGGUCUUGCCAAGUCAAGCGUAUUAUUGGAAGUGAUGGAAAUCCGGAGAUUCUUGUAGAAGAACCGCCACAAGAAGCUCCAAAGUUUGGUCGAGGAUCUGAUGUGAUAGAAAUGCAGGAAUGGCUUCAAACUAUCUACCGGCGAGUGUGGCCCGCAAGGAGUCUGAACUGGUGGGAAGAUUGGCAUAGUUUCCCGUUGGCGAAAUCCGUUGCUGAGGAAAUUGACUGGAAAUCUAGAUGGUACCUUGUUCCCUCCACCAUGACGAAGUCGAUGAAUAGUAUGCUUAUUAUACCACAACCGGCUUUCAAUAAUUGAACCUAGUUGCC